AUGUUUCUAUUAACCGCCGGCGUUCAGGCUUUCCUCGCCUUCUGGGGUUUACUUCCCUUCCCGGAUUUGCUUGCGGUUCCAGCACUUUGCACUACUGAUUCUGCGGUUCCCGAACUCUUUCCAACUGUGGACUUGGGAUACGCCGUCCAUAAACCUACAUAUAUCAACCGUACUGCUUCGGGCGUGGCAGUUGCAAAAUAUAACAAUAUUCGUUUCGCCUAUCCUCCGGUAGGCGACCUUCGUUUCCGCAAGCCCAAGACACCUCCUCCACGAGCAAUUGGUGUUCAAGAUGGCAGCCAGUAUUCUUCUACCGAGUGUGUUUACUCUACGUACCCAUCGGCUCCAGUCUCUGACUUAAAUAAUAUUCGGGGUCAAGAGGACUGCUUGUUCCUAAAUGUGCACGUUCCAGAGGGCAUCAAAGAAGGAGACAAGGUUCCCGUAAUCCACUGGAUCUUUGGGGGCUCAUAUUCCUUUGGCAGCAAAGAUGCUGGAGAUGGCGCGAUUAGCCCGGAGGGAUUGUUCGAUACUUUUAAUCAAAGCCAUGAGAAGUUCAUCUUCGUUAUAAGUAACUACCGGCUAGGCCUUUAUGGAUGGAUGUCUAGCCCGGAUGAAGAUAUGGCCGCAAAUGCUGGGCUGCACGAUAGCUUUGCUGGGCUACAGUGGACGAAACAAUAUAUAUCUAGGUUUGGCGGUGACCCUGAAAGAAUCACUGCUGCUGGGCAAAGUGCUGGAGGAGGUAUAAUCACUUUGAUGCUGACCGCUUAUGGUGGCGCUGGCGAGCUUCCUUUUUCCCAGGUAACGUCCGUCAUCAAAUAUGCUAUGGUGCUCUCUCCGGAUUUGAUGCCUCGGAGAGACGUAGCUUCCCAAAGACAAAGCGUUUAUAACGAAGUUUUAACGGCCGCUAACUGUACUAACCUUGCCUGUCUAAGGGCCGCUCCACCUGAGGUUCUUAAAAUAGCUAACCAUCGUCUGAUAAUUGAGACACCCGUAGGGCCCGGGGAAAUGUGUUUUGGCCCUGGCAUAGGCUUCGCACCUUAUGUGGACGGAGAUAUUGUUCCAGAAUCACCUAUAAUACUCCUUGAGCAGGGUAAAUACCACAACGAAGUUCAAAGAGUCAUUACUGGAAAUACCCUUUUGGAAGGGAAGGGUAUGGCUAUAGAUAGUGACAUGCCCGGGGGGUUCCCUGAACUGGUUCGAAUGUACUUCCCUACUGCAAGUGACAAGACAAUUCGCCGCAUUAGGGAGCUAUUCCCCUUCCCGGAAAAUAAUCCGAAACGCCUUGCCUGGGACUGGAUCACCUCUGUCGUAUUUGCAUGCAAUGCUGUGAGUGUUGCAAGCGCGUAUGGGGAUAAUGGAUAUCGAUUUGUGAUGAGUAUUCCACCCGGAACCCAUGGCCUAGAUUUACGAUACUUCUUUUUCGUGAAUAAUAAGACCACACCAGUUGUGAAUUAUAACAUUGCCCAACAAUCUCAGGCAUAUCUUCACCAAUUCCUCUAUGGGGAGCCCAUCUGGUCAGCAUAUAGCACGCAAUUCCGUAUUAUGGAUAUUGUUGAAAAUGGAUUCCAAUUUAAAGCCGAUCCUUGGAUAGUGAACGAAGUUUGUCCGGCAUUGGUUGACAUUAUUAAAGAUCCUAAAAAUGGUAACUAG